AUGCCCUACUUUUGGCUUUUUGCUACUGUCGCUGCUUUCGCCUCUGGCCCUCUGUGCCCAUUUGUCCUGCUCUUUGCCUGCAUAUUGCAGCUGCUUAUCGCUUUCCCUGUUACCGUCGCCUCGUUAUUUUGCUUGUUCAUGUUUUACGUGUUCUUCCGUGAUCCUCUUCUUGCUGUUUGGCGUUGCCUUGUCGACUUUUGGGUGUGGUGGUCGUCCGAUUUGGAUCCUCGUACGUUGAAAGCAAUGCGUGACAAUGACGAAGCCACCAAGUUCGUGAUGGAAGCCCGUGCGUAUUGGAAGGUGGUUGAUCUCGCAGGUGCUCCUCUUUAUGAUGUUGUUGCUAUUGAGGGCCCUGCUGCUGAUGAGAUCGUUUCUGCUCGUGGUGAUGAGUCCGUUUUUGGUGUUGCUCCCGUUUUUGGUGAUGUCUCGUUUGCUCCUGUUGUUGGUCGCUCUGGUGAGGAUGUUUCUGCUCUUGGUGUUGCUUCUGCUUCUGCUUUUGUUGGUGUCGAUGGUGUUCGUUCUUCUGGUGUCGAUGGUGUUCGUGGCUCUGUUGUUGGUGAUGGCGUUUCUUUUCCUGCUGCUGCUGCUACUGCUUACGAUGACGUUGAGGCUCUUGGUGCUGGUGCUGCUGAUGUUGGUCAUGUGUUGGACGCUGUUCCUGGUGAUGACGAUGUUGCUGCUGCUUUCGGUGUUGGUGAAGGGGAUGCCAUGGACGAGCUCGCAUUUCUUUUCCUCCACUUGAGUGUGGAUGAUCCUCUUGAUGAGGAUACGUACAUGGCUCCCCCAUUUGACUGGCGAUACGUGGAACCGACCGAUAUGAUGGAACUUGACGAUGAUUUGCUCUCGUUCAUGUCCGUUCAUUUGGAAAACUCUCCUUUUUACCAAGAUGAUGACGAUCCCAUUAUCAUUGAUAUGCCUUCUCCUCUUAUUCCAUCACGACCCGCAACACCACCUCCUUCACCUCCACCAUCACCUACGCCAAUUCAUAUGGAGGUUGAUACCACAUCUACUUCCCCUAUUGUCACCGCUACCGCUCCCACCACAACCAUCACCAAUACCGCUACCACCACUACAACUAUGCCCACUGACACUCCUGCCACCACAACCAUCACCAACACCGACAUCAAUCCUAUUACCACUCAUCCCGCUACUGCUAUUGCCACUUCUCCUCCUCCAAGCCCUCCGCUCAAUUCAACUAUGUCACUCAUUUUCUCACGCAUUCAACAACUCCGUACUCGCACAACACCUUCCUCUAAUUCCGCAACGUCCUCUGCUACCGCUACUAUGCCUACCACAAAUGCCACCGUUUCCACUUCCUCUCGUUCUAUCGUUAACAACAAUAUGCCACCUCCACCAUCACGACCACGACGCAUUACCCUUACUGUCACGCCACCUACAUCAUCAUCAACAUCUACCGCCACAUCCACUCCUUCUUCUUCGAUUGUGCGUCCCGAUAUGCCUCCUCCUCCUCCACGUCGACCACGAGCAACCGCAACACCUUCUUCUUCUUUCCGCUUAUCAUCAUCCUCAUCCUCAUCCUCAUCAUCUGCGACCGCCACCACUUCUACACCUCGUGAAUCCGCACAAACACAACAACAACAACAACCUACCACCACCACCACAUCCGCAACACCAACCCCACCAUUACCUUCCGAUGUGCUAGAGGCACAAAAGGCCCUUGGCCUUGAUUGA